AUGCACUCGCUGCCUCAAGUCGGCAGUGGGUUUCCCGGUAUGAUGAGUCAUGGGUCUUUUACCGGGGCCCCUUUUGCACUUGGGAGUCCUCAUGCGAGUGACGGAGCAGCAACACCCAAUGCGAGCUGCGGGCCGUGCUGCUACGCGGAACCCCCGCCAAUGCAACAGCCACGCCAUGGCUUGUGGACCUGGAGUCGUGAUGGGCGCCUUAAACUGACAUGCGAGCAGCCUAUCGUGCCAGUUCCUGUCAUUCAAGAGAUCCACAGACGCGAUAAGAUCAUUGAAGUGCCUCAAGUAGACGUCGUGGAUGCCGUGAAGCCUAGAGUGUACAACCAGGGAGUGGAACACGAGGUCCCGAAGAUGCGCAUUGAUGCUCAACCAGUAACAAUUGAGAUCCCCAAGUAUAAAUACGUGGAAAGAGAAGUUUUGGUCCCGAUUGUUACUGGAUACACCCAUAAGUUUGUGCCAAAGUGGGAAAUAAGGGAAGUGCCCCGCCCCGUGGUGAAGUAUGUCGGUGAACAAGAAACGAUUGAAGUAGAAGUCCCCCAAGUAAAGUUCGUGGACCGCAUCGUCGAGAAGGAGAUUGUGGUUGAUACGAUUGAAAAGAAGGUACCGAAGAUCAUCGAGGUCCCGAAGUACGUAGACACUGUAAAGUAUGUCUGGAAGCCCGUGGAGAAGAUAGUGCAUGUCGAGCGCUUUGUGCCCAAAUUCGAUGUCUCUCUUGAAUGCCCAGCUCCUCUCAUCGUACCAUACCCUGUUCAGAAGGUAACUGAAAUGCCAGCAGUUAUGGUGCGCAAGACUCCAGCUGAAAUACAGGAAACGGAGGUAGAAGUUGUGUCUCCAGAUGGAACCGUUCGUGUUCCCGAGGAAUACAUCCGCGAAUAUAGAAAGACUAAAGCUCAAGAAGGGGGUAUUUUUUGCCAAACAAUGGAGUGCUGUGGCGCGGACAAGGAAGAUGAAGUGGUGUAUUCACAGGGUGAGCUUACGUGGAUGCAGAGACCGGAAGAUCAGCAGUCAAGCGCAGAUCAAGGCCCCCAAUCCCCCCAAGAAUCCGCAAGAAGCAGCCAAACAGGAGCUGUCUUGACAAGGCCGCAUCAAGGCGACGGGUCCCAAAGCCGCGCCUGCAGCGGAGAGAGUGACGAGGUCCAUUGA